AGCACUCGUUGUUUAUCAACUUCAUUUUGCAAAAUGUUUUAUUUCCUGACGACUAGCGUAAUAUCAUGUGGUUUUUUAUUUCUAGAUGCUGCUGGCCAGAGUAUGUUGGGAUCCGGCACGUGGUCGGUGAUAUCCACGCAGCCAUGCGAAAACGACGCGGAGAUGCCGUGGCGGGUGCGCCUGCGCAGACACAAGCUGAACCGCACACACGACGUUUUUGACCUGGAAGUGUCCGCGUUAGCCGAUAUAGAUGACUCCUAUGGUGUUCGCGGAGAAGUAUGCACGGUGGUGGAAGGUGGAUGUAAACCCUUUAUAAGUGAGAGUCGCGAAUGUAUACCCUGCAUAGUAAGAGAGCGCGCCUCAGAAAACGCUAGAAAAAUAUUGGAGGCCCUUCAAGUAGACCCACCUGUCUUUCCAGUCCCUAAAGGAGAGUACCGGCUAGACAACUACCUCGUGGACGUCGAAGAGCUGUCAAAGAAAGGUGUGUACGGCGAAUACCGUGGAACAGGCUACAUAGUGAAGGAUGGGCAGGACGUUGCGUGCUACCGAAUGUCCGUUAAGUUCGAACCGAUUGACAACUUCGGCUCUUUACCGUCGCUGUAUGGUUAAUGGGGU